AUGGCUUGGGAUUUAGAAUUGAAUCCAAUACUUUUGGAAGAACUAUACGUUUGGAUUGAUAGUAUUCCACUGUCAAAAACAAAGACAAAAAUCGAGCGAGAUUUUUCUGAUGGUAUCUUAGUAGCUGAAAUUAUUCGACAUUAUUUACCCGAUAUGGUCGAUAUGCACAAUUACACUGUAGCAAAUUCAUUUAAUCCGAAAAAGAUCAAUUGGGGACAAUUAAAUAAGAGAAUCUUAUGUCCAUUAACGCUGGACUUACCCGAUAAAAUCAUUAUUGAUUUAUGCAAUGGAAAGCCAGGAGUUGUUGAAAUAUUUUUAUUCAAGCUAAGACAAAAAAUAGAUGAAGAACUUGAAUUGCGACAAAAACUAGAAUCUCAACGUUUGCCUUCGCCAAAUCAAUCACUGCUAGCAUUGAACAUCAUCGACUCAAAAAAAGAAAGCACAAAUAUUGUUUCCAGCCGGUCAAGUCGCAUUAGUAAAUCGAUUGGUAGUUUUACUAGCCGUUGGGUUUCGCGUCUAUUUUACGAAGAAUUAAAACAACAAAGCCUGGAACAAGAUGAAGAAAUUCAAAUACUUCGGGCAAAACUGAGACGAUUAGAACAUAUUCUUCAGUUGAAAGACAUUCGUAUUAGUGAACUUAUUGAAGAAACUCAACGUAAACAACUGACUAUCUUAGGGACUGGCAAGAAUAAAAACAAAUACACAGCUACUGUCUCUCACAACUGA